AUGGCCUACGUAUUUGACGGCUACUCGGAGGCCAGCUCUGGUCGGAAUACCCCCCGUGGCCAGCAAGGCUCCAGCGGAGGCCGCCAGUAUCGUCGAUACAGGCAUGAUGAUAUACCAGUCGGCGGCGUACCGGGAGGCAUUUACUACGGUACCGGUCGUUUCUACGAGGAGAAUGUUCGCAAUGAGCGGGAGCGGCAGCAAUGGCAGCAACAACAGGACCAGCAGCGGCAGCAACACCAACAACAACAACAACAACGACGACGACAAGAACAAGAACAAGAAGAAGAUCAACCGCAGCAGCGGCGACCGCCGCCGCCGCGGUCCUCUCCUUUCGGUAGCCACAGCCGUGUGAACGGUUCUGGAACCGAGUAUGGUGCGAGGGAAGCUUCUGAUGCCGCGAGGGCGUUCUUGGAGGCGCUCCAGAGGGCAUACGAGCAACGGAGAUGGCGGGAGGCUGGCGGCGGCGGUGGUUUGGGCUGGGGCGUCGGCGUUGGGGAUGAGUACCCAGAGCCUGGUGCCAUGGGUGGUGGAGGGCUGGGUCAGGAUCACUUUGGUCCGACGGGAGAGAUUCGGUUUGAGGAUCUGUUUGGUGAUUUCUUUGGAGGCCCUGGCGGAGGAGGAAGAGAAGGAGGAGGAGAAGGAGGAGAAGGAGGAGGAGCCGGAGGUGUGGACGGUAGUGAUGGAGACGGUCGGGGCUCAUUCAACCCCGGUCCCGGUUCCGGUCCCGGCCGCGCUAGUGGCCUCAGUGGUCACGGCGGCGCUGGCGGAGGGGAAGGAGGAGGAGGAGGUUCCGGUCCCGGAACGGCAGCUGGACCCGGCAGAGACGGCGGUGCCUUUGAGCCGGGCUUUGGAGAUGCACCCGAGGCUGAAGGUCACUUUGGUGGUGGAUGGUACGGUGGCGGUCCCGGUUUUGGGGGAUCUGCGAGUGCUCGACGGGGAAGGGCCGGGAUGACUUUGGCCGAUUUCCUGGAGCUUUUCCAGAGCCAGCUUGAUGAAAGUGGUCUGUUUGGGUACCCCACGGGGAAUCUACCUUCUGACCUGUUUGAUACUUGGUUUACGGACUGGUAA